GGAUGAUUGCGCAUGUGUAGAAAAUGGGCAGUUGAUGAAAAAUCCUGAAAGCUCCUGUUUCGUUUUCACAAUUGAAUUCCAUGGGGUUGGCAGAGGCCAGAACCCUUCUGUUGGGAUAAAAAAAAAUACAAUUCAGGAGAAACAUCUCUAAAUGGCACUUCUCUUCACCAGCAUGUGGGACUCGACGAUGUUCCUGAGCACCCUGACCCCAAAAUUCUACGUCGCCCUGACUGGCACUUCCUCUCUGAUCUCCGGGUUGAUUUUAAUUUUCGAAUGGUGGUAUUUCCGCAAGUACGGCACCUCCUUCAUAGAGCAGGUGUCCCUGAAUCACAUCUCCCCUUGGAUAGGGGGUGGAGAGACGUCCACCGAAUCAGCAAGUACUCCCUUGAACAACACGAAUGCAUCAUCCCAGCAGAAUGUCCCCGAGUGCAAGGUCUGGAGAAAUCCCCUGAAUCUAUUCCGGGGGGCCGAGUACCAGCGGUUUUACUGGGCAACCAAUAAAGAGCCCCUGACUUAUUACGACAUGAAUUUAUCCGCCCAGGAUCAUCAGACCUUUUUCACGUGCGAGGGAGAUACUGGUAAAGCCGAAUACGAGAUAAUGCAAACAGCCUGGCGUGAACGUAAUCCAGGGGUUCGUAUAAAAGCAGCGCACAGUGCCCUGGAGCGUAAUCCAGACUGUGCACCAGCGUACAUUCUCCUGGCUGAGGAGGAGGCAACGACAAUCCUGGAGGCAGAGAAGAUCCUGAAACAAGCCCUGAAAGUGGCAGAGAAUUACUACCGCAAGUCCCAGAAUACCCAGCACCAGGGUACGAUAGCUGAGGCAAUUCACAGACGAGACACAAACGUUCUUAUUUACAUCAGACGUCGUCUCGCGAUGUGUGCAAGAAAAUUGGGAAAACUGAAGGAAGCUGUGAAGAUGUUUCGAGAUCUGACGAAGGAGGUGCCCCCCAUCAUGAACGUUCUGAACAUCCACGAAAAUUUAAUCGAGGCCCUGCUGGAGAUGCAGGCGUACGCCGACGUCCAGGCGGUCCUGGCAAAAUACGACGACAUAAGCCUUCCAAAAUCAGCGACAAUCUGCUACACAGCAGCUCUGCUGAAAGCCCGACUCGUGGCAGACAAAUUUUCACCUGAUAUAGCCAGCAAGAGAGGGCUGACGACAGCGGAAAUGUCAGCAGUCGAGGCCAUCCACAGGGCUGUCGAGUUCAAUCCCCACGUGCCCAAGUAUCUUCUGGAGAUGAAACCCCUGAUUUUACCACCGGAGCAUGUGCUGAAACGUGGAGACUCAGAGGCCAUUGCUUACGCUUUUUUUCAUCUUGCACACUGGAAGCAAAUGGAGGGCGCCCUCAAUCUCCUUCACUGCACGUGGGAGGGCACUUUCAGAAUGCUACCAUAUCCCCUGGAGAGGGGCCAUCUAUUUUAUCCUUAUCCCACCUGCACUGAGUGCGCUGAUCGGGAAUUGCUCCCAGCUUUUCAUGAUGUCAGUGUUUAUCCCAAGAAGGAACUUCCAUUUUUCAUUCUUUUUACUGCUGGCCUCUGCUCUUUCACGGCACUCCUGGCACUCCUGACUCAUCAAUAUCCGGAUACCAUGGGAUUUGUCGCUAGAAUCAUUCUUGCGUGGUUCAGUCUACCUUUUUAUUAUAUUAUGGAUAAACUAGAGGCUGUACUACCCAGUAAUCUUCUGCAGCAGUUGUCGAGAAUAUAGAGGGACAGGAGAAUUCCUCGGGAUAUUGAAUCUCACACUCUUCUGACUGACCUAGCCAAGAUUUAAAAGAAGAUAUAAUAGAAUUCCAACAGAAAACCAAUAGAAUUCUUAUAGAGGUUCGAGUAAAAAAAAAGAAAUGAUAGUUUUUUCUAUUAAAUUUUUUAAAACAGACUUUUAGGGAUCUGUGGAAGGAUGAGAAGAUUUUUUUAAUCUUCACGAAUUUCGAUAGGAUUUAAACAUCAGACGAGUCAUGAUUUUUUUAAAGGGUGAUUAGGGGGCAGGGGAGGGGGGCAAUUCCCUCGGUUUUGCAAAUUUUUCUUGGGAUCAUUCAUGAAAUGAAUGAUUCUGUUAUCGAUAAAUUGUGAAAUGUAUUCAAAACGGAUAUUUGCUUUUGGUAGAUUUCAUCGCCUCUUGUACUGAUGUGAUUCUUAAUUAUUUCUUGGUGAUUUAAUUAAGCAGAUUAAAUAUCCCGGAAUUCCCUGGGUAUCCUAAUGUACUUAGACGAAAUUGAUCUGACAUUAUCUCAUUUUUAUACUAACUUUCAUUUAAUUAGAAAUCCAGAUAAAAAAUUAAUUGGUUCAGAAAAAUAUGGAACACCUUUGUUCCUCUUCAGAAUGAAAGAAAAAUUUGUUUUCUACGCAUUUUCCUUUCGUCGAUUCAAAAAAUAGGAGUAACAUAUCGUUUAUCUCCAUGUGACUGAUUUUUUUUUUUAAUUUAUAGAAUCUCUCCUUCUCUUCUCGCAUAAUGAUAAGAUUUUGAUGAAUAUUUAGCAUAAUUAUCUGUGGGAAUGUACAAAAAAGAGUAACAAACAAAAUACUAGACUAUCUCAUUAAUAUAUUUGCUUCCUCUUGUAUGUACUCUGAUUCUUCCUGAUAUGUAUUAUCGCGCACACGAGUGAGGAACUCUGUGCUUUUCACUGAGUUUUGAGAUCUUGUAAAGAUUAUAAUGUAAUAAUCAUAAUUAUACAAUGAUUACGGAAUAAAUGUG